AUGUCUUCACCUACAUCAGCACCGAAGACAUCCACACCUAGGAAAAUCAACAACCUGAAGCUCAGAGCUUCAUGCGACUCUUGCGCUGCGUCAAAAGUCAAGUGCAGCAAAGAGCAUCCGAUCUGUGCACGAUGCUCCGUCAUCAACUCGACAUGUAUAUAUGGUGUUUCGAGAAAACACGGAAAACCAGGCCGGACGAGGAAGAGAAACGCAGACGGAACUCCGUUCGUCAAAGCCGCGAAGCAGCGUCUAUCUCCAGGGAGCAGCGAGUUCAGUUUGUUCAGCCUCCAACCGGAACCUACCCUUCAACAGACGGAUCUAGAAAUCGCUUCGAAUUGGGCUUCUGACUGGUCGCCUACACCAAGCUUGUCAGCCACUCCAGGCUUCGAGUUCGAAACUGUACCAGAAUCAUCAUACGCAAGCGACGUUCAUUCAGACACGACUCAUAUCGAUAAUACUGUUCUACCAACACAACCAGCUCGAGCAGGACCAGGAUCGACCAUCGAAUUGAACCGUCUCUUCCGAGACCCGUUCACAGAGGAGCAAACAGCGCAAUCUGACCCCUCUAGUUGGCAAGCUCUUAGAGAAUACAUAGGCGGCAAUGACAUAAACCCCAUGGACUAUUACUCGACCGGCCCAAAGAACGCAGAGCAUCUACGUUCCGUCUCUUCCGUCUCCAUACCAUAUAGCCCGAUCAGUCAAGCUACAGGGAUGAAUGAUGCAAUGGCACCAUAUUUCAACUCCUCGAUGGACAACUUUCAUUGCUGCUAUACAUCGGCCUACUCAAUCCUUGAUACUUUAAGGCACGUCAGCCAUACACAUCCGGCAUUUACCAAGGGUCCGUUCGAGGCUGUUCUCCUGACUUCUCAAUCAGCCAUAAGGAAUGUUUUGCAGCUUCUUAAUUGUCCUUGCUCGUCAGAUCCACACCUCGCUAUGCUAUACUCAAGCAUAACAUCCAAGAUUCUGACCUGGUACCAGACUGCCGCUGGUGUACACCCUCCUGUCCAAUCCAGUACCUUGGUAUCAGCAUCGUUUUGUUGGAGCAACAACCAGUCAUUACGCUCUUCGCAGCCUGCUUUUCCAACUCCAUCUGUGCCGAGCAUCAUUAAGGGUGAGAGCUUCGAUCCGUACGUGCAGCAAUCUCAGCAUCAACACUACGACUUUGAAGACCUUGAGCAGCAGAACUAUAGAAGACAGGUGAUAUUGCUUGAGCUACAAGGUUGUGAACAACUCGUCAGGGCACUAGCUAAUUGGGGAGGGAAUAGCGCGGCAUGCGAGCAAGCAGAGCAUUUGUAUAACAUACUAGGCAGGUGGUUGAAGAUCGAGCUACACAAAACAGUUAAAGGCAUCGAGAGCAGGAACUCUGAGUCGGUCUGA